AUGGCUAGAACCGUACGCUUUAGAACUCGUAUAAUUAACACAAUUCGAGGUGAAUCCGGUUCAAUUGGAACUUCUACUCUUCGUUUUGUUCGCUCAAUGGACCAAGCUCCGGUAGGAUUGCGCGGAUCCGUGCACGACGGCGCCACACUCGAGUCCAUUCAAUUCAACGAAGAAAUUCAGGGAAUCGUGGCGUCGGCGCCGGAAAACGCCAGCUCGUUCACCGCGCUGCUUGAGCUCCCGCCGACGCAGGCGGUGGAGCUCCUUCACUCGCCGGACUCUGACGGGGCUCGUAAACAACCUAAUUGCCACGUCAGCGCGAAUCACAAACCCUAUUUGCUCCACUCUUUCGGUGGCAAUUUGACUUUUCCUUCCAACGCCGCCUUAAUUGAACGCGCCGCCAAGUUCUCCGUGUUCGCUGGUGAAAACUCGCCUUCGCAGGGGGAGGCGCGUCUGCUUCCGGCCGGGUCUGGUUCGAAUUUGGAUAGGGUGAAGAACGAGCCGCAAGAGACUGAUUCGAACCCGUGCUCCACGCAAGGGUGCGUUUCGGAUCCCGCGGUUGAGAACAAGAACGAAAGAACUGCGAAGAGAAAGGAGCGAGAGAAGAAGGUUAAAGGGUCGUCGAAGAAGAGUAAGAGCGUCGCCGAUGAGACAUCCGGCGACGGUGAGAAGCUUCCCUACGUCCACGUCCGAGUUCGUCGAGGUCAAGCCACAGAUAGCCAUAGCUUGGCAGAAAGGGCUAGGAGAGAGAAGAUCAACGCUCGCAUGAAGCUUUUGCAAGAGCUGGUCCCAGGCUGCGACAAGGAUGUGAUUAUUUUGUACUUUCGGGUGAUAUCAGGAACGGCAAUGGUUCUAGAUGAAAUCAUCAACCAUGUGCAAUCUCUACAACGACAAGUGGAGAUUUUAUCUAUGAAACUGGCUGCAGUUAACCCAAGAAUUGAUUUCAGCCUUGACAGCUUAUUGGCGACUGAUGGGACAUCUCUAAUGGAUAGUAACAUACCUAGCAUGGUGACACCUCUUAUGUGGCCAGAAAUUCCUGUCAAUGCUAACCGGCAACAUUAUCAACAACAGUGGCAAUUUGAUGCAUUCCACCAACCGCUAUGGGAGAGGGAUGAAGUCAACCAUAAUUUCAUGACUCCCGAAAACUCACUUUUGAGUUAUGAUUCGUCGGCAAACUCAGCGUCUCUGCACUCAAAUCAAUUGAAGAUGGAACUCUGA